AUGUUAAGAGUAUCAUCAAGUGUAUUAAGAAUUGGAAUAGCCAGACGACUGCAAAGUGUCUUUGCUGGCUGCAUGCCAGUAUCUUCACGUACUUUGUUUACCAUUCCAAGAUUAUUGCAACAACAUGAGAUCCCGCAACAAAAGGAAAUGACUAUCCAAGAACAACGAGAGAGAUUGGAAAGAUUAAACAAAGAAAGAGAAGAAAGACAAAAGUUUAGAAAUAGAACAGCAACUUAUUAUUCGAUUUCAUUGGGUGUUUUCUUUUUAGCAUUAUCAUUUGCUGCAGUUCCGAUUUAUCGUGCCAUUUGUCAAAGAACAGGAUGGGGUGGUAUUCCAAUCACCGAUAGUGCUAGAUUUACUCCAGAUAAGUUAAUUCCAGUUGAUACCAACAAGCGUAUCAGAGUUUCUUUCACAUGCCAAGCCUCAGGUAUAUUACCAUGGAAAUUCACUCCAUUACAAAGAGAAGUCUAUGUUGUUCCAGGUGAAACUGCUCUUGCUUUUUACAGAGCUAAAAAUUUAAGUAAUGAAGCAAUUACAGGUAUGGCAACGUAUUCAAUUACACCAGAACCAGCAGCAGGUUAUUUUGAUAAGAUUCAAUGUUUCUGUUUUGAACAACAAAGAUUGGGACCAGGAGAAGAAGUCGAUAUGCCUGUGUUCUUUUUCAUUGAUCCCGAGUUUGCGAAAGACCCUGCUAUGAAUUCAAUUGAUGAUAUAGUGUUACAUUACAGUUUCUUUAAAACUGAGUAA